ACCAGCCAUAAAAGAAGAAGAAGAGGAAGAAACGUCUAGCUAGCAAAACGCGCGGCAAUGAACUAACCUUCAAAUAAUAUUUAAACAUAAAUUACAAACUAAUAGUUUUAUAUUAACAGAAUGACAUCCACCGAUGAAAAACAUGCUAAUUUACCAUGGGUCGAGAAAUACCGUCCCAAAAGUUUGGAUGAACUUAUUUCUCAUGAGACAAUAAUAAAGACGAUAAACAAAUUCAUCAAUGAAAAUCAACUACCACAUCUGCUUCUUUAUGGACCACCUGGGACAGGAAAAACCAGCACUAUACUAGCAUGUGCUCGUAAACUUUAUACUCCAGCACAAUUCAAUUCAAUGGUGUUGGAAUUAAAUGCUUCUGAUGACAGAGGCAUAGGUAUUGUGCGAGGCCAAAUUUUAAGUUUUGCCAGUACAGGCACUAUGUAUAAAUCUGCAUUCAAGUUAAUUAUUCUGGAUGAAGCAGAUGCCAUGACAAUUGAUGCUCAAAAUGCACUCAGAAGAAUUAUUGAGAAAUAUACGGAUAAUGUACGUUUUUGCAUCAUAUGUAAUUACCUUAGUAAAAUCAUACCAGCUUUGCAGUCUCGUUGUACCAGAUUUAGGUUUCUACCUCUUGCAACAGAACAAAUAGUGCCAAGAUUAAAUCACGUUAUUGAAGCAGAGAACUUAAGAGUUACAGAGGAUGGAAAGGAAGCAUUAAUAACAUUGAGUGGUGGCGAUAUGAGAAAAGUAAUAAGUGUACUUCAAAGUACAUGGUUUGCUUAUGGUGAAGUAAAUCAAAAGAAUGUAUAUAACUGUGUUGGACAUCCGUUACCAAGUGAUAUUCAUGCUAUUAUAAAUUGGUUGCUUAAUGAAUCUUAUGAUACAUGUUACAAAAAAAUUCAAAAGCUUAAAUUGGACAAAGGACUUGCAUUGCAGGAUAUAUUAACGGAAAUUCAUUUAUGUGUAAUUAAAAUUGAUUUUCCCAAUUCGGUAUUCAUUGAUUUAUUGUGCAAAAUGGCAGAAAUAGAGAAAAGGCUGGCCUCUGGAUGUCGCGAUAUUAUUCAAAUAAAUUCGCUCAUAUCUGCGUUCUACAAAGUUCGUGAUAUCGAAACGUGAUAUCUUCCAUACAUUGGCAUAAUUAAAAUUUCUCAAUUGUAAUAUGCAGACACGUACUCAUACAUUUAUAUAUCCCCUUUAAUCUCGUUCUACUUUAUUUUUUAAAUAUCGAAAUACUGUGAAUGUUAUUUUCAGGAUAUAAACAAUCUUUUGUUAUGUAUUUAUAUAUAUUGUACUGGUAAUAUAUUAAAAAC